CGCCCCCAUGGCGGAGCCGCUGCAGAAGAAGCUCCAGGGGGAGCUGGAGAAAUAUCAGCAGUUACAGAAAGAGCUGGGCCGGGCGGUGGCGGCGCGGCAGAAACUGGAGACGCAGCUGACGGAGAACAACAUCGUGCAGGAGGAGCUGAACCUGCUGGAUGAAUCCAACACCAUUUUUAAGCUUUUGGGCCCCGUUUUGGUCAAGCAGGAUCUGGAGGAGGCCAAAAGCACCGUGGGGAAACGGCUGGAGUACAUCACCGGGGAGAUGAAGCGCUACGAGCAGCAGGCGCAGGAGCUGGAGCGGCGCUCGGAGCAGCAGCGGCAGCUCCUGGGGCACCUCCAGCACGAGCUGCAGGCCAAGCCCUGAGCGCCCCAAAAACAUUUGGGGACACCCCAAAAAAAUUUGGGAACUCCCCCCGAAAAUCUUGGACUCCCCCAAUUCCCAAAAAUCCCCAUUAAAUUCCGUGAAAAUACCCCAAAAUUGAGA